UCAUUUCGAGUCCCGAUUUUCCACUUUCGUACGUCACUUGAGAUUUGAUAAGCUGACUGGAAAAGAGGAAAAAGGGGAAAAGAGCCGAAUCCAUCGUAUUCAUCUCCUCCUCUGCGUUGAUCUGUAAUUCAGUUUUAGCCAUGGCGGAGCGUGAUUCUUUCGGGCUGGGUCCUCGAUUAGAUAUUCAGCAAUUACAAUUUGAAGCCCAGCAUCGUUGGCUGCGGCCUGCUGAAAUUUGUGAAAUUCUUCGUAAUUAUCAGAUGUUUCAUAUCACAUCAGAACCUCCAAACAUGCCACCGAGUGGUUCACUUUUUCUUUUUGAUAGGAAGGUAUUGAGAUAUUUUAGAAAGGAUGGACAUAAUUGGAGAAAGAAAAAAGAUGGAAAGACUGUGAAGGAAGCUCAUGAAAAGUUGAAGGUGGGAAGUGUUGAUGUACUACAUUGCUACUAUGCUCAUGGAGAAGAAAAUGAAAAUUUCCAGAGGCGAAGCUAUUGGUUGCUUGAACAGGAUAUGAUGCACAUUGUUUUCGUCCACUACUUGGAAGUUAAGGGUCAUAAGACAAGUGUUGGAGGAAAACCAGAUAUUGAUGAGGUUUCAUCAGAUUCUCAAAGAGGCAGCUCUGCAUCAUCUGGUUUUUCGAGAGAUUAUAAUACUGUGCCUUCAAGAAGUACGGAUGCCAUGAGCCCAACGAGCACUUUGACAUCCUUAUGUGAAGAUGCUGACUCUGGUGAUCAUGGACAGUCAUUGAUUUCUGGAGCAAACUAUGUUUUACAAGUUCAGGGAGAUAAACUUAGAGGCAUUGAUGCUAGCACUUCUUUCAAUGAUGGCAAAAAAGCAAAUGGAACGGGAUUACGGGACAAUAGCUUUGAACAAUGUACAAAUGGAUUAUCUACUGAUCCAUCCCUUGCAUCAUUUCCUUCUAUCCCAUCCAAUUCAAUAGGAAACAUUCUUGAACCAGAAAAUACUGUUCCAGCUGACGUUUUAGCCAUGAAAAGUGUCCUCAUAGGGCCAGAUGGGAGUUCUCAGUCCCUCCAAUCAAAGUGGCAGAUCCCUUUUGAAAGUAAUCCAGGACAGAUGUGCAAAGGACUUACAACCCAAUCGCUGGGUUUGGAAUAUGGAUAUGAUUUUAGCAAUGGUUUGCUGGAACAUGAAACACAUAAUCCAAGACCUGAUGUUGCUUCUGGUUCAGUAACUUUAGACUGUCAGCCGAAAAGGGAGCCCUUGCUGGAAAACUUUCCAGAACAGUAUAACGAUACUGAAUCUCAAAUUUCAAUGAAAUACAAUUCUGGGAAUGAAGUUCCCGCUGAAGAAAGUAUUAAUUAUGCCUUGACUAUGAGGCGUUCCUUGUUAGAUGGGGAGGAAAGCCUAAAGAAAGUAGACAGCUUCUCUCGAUGGAUUACUAAAGAACUUGUAGAGGUGGAUGAUCUUCGUAUGCAGUCAUCACCUGGCAUUUCCUGGAGCGCUGAUGAAUGUGGGCAUGUGAUAGAUGAUUCCUCGUUGAGCCCCUCCCUCUCACAGGACCAGCUGUUUAGCAUAAAUGAUUUUUCACCUAACUGGGCUUAUGCUGAAUUGGAAACAGAGACAACUUAUACAUCUAAAACCACGCAGGUUUUGAUAAUUGGAACCUUUUUGAAGAGUCAAACAGAGGUAGCGAAUUGUAACUGGUCGUGUAUGUUUGGGGAAGUUGAGGUCCCUGCUGAGGUUCUGGCCAGUGGAAUUUUGUGCUGUCAGGCUCCGCCUCUCAAGGUUGGACGGGUUCCCUUCUAUGUAACAUGCUCCAAUAGGUUGGCUUGUAGUGAAGUGCGGGAAUUUGAUUACACAGAGAGCUUCGCUGAAAAUGUUGAUGUUUCAGAUUUCUACAACAGUUCAACUGAAAUACAGCUUCAUCUGAGACUAGAGAAGCUACUUUCUUCAAAAUCAUCGCACCCUUUGAAUUACAGCUUUGACAAUGAUGAGGUGAAAAGAAACUUAAUGUUUGAGCUCAUUACGCUAAAGGAUGAAGAGGCGUUUUCAGACAGGGAAGAGCUGAUGUCGGAGAAAAAUGCGUCCCAGCAAAAAGUGAAGGAGUUAAUAUUCUACAUGCAAGUUAAAGAGAAGCUGUACUCUUGGCUGCUUCACAAAGUAAUUGAAGAUGGUAAAGGGCCAAAUGUUUUAGAUGAAGAGGGGCAAGGCGCGCUUCAUUUAGCAGCUGCUCUUGGUUAUGAUUGGGCAAUAAUGUCAAUCGUUACUGCUGGAGUAAAUAUCAAUUUUCGGGAUGUAAAUGGAUGGACAGCUCUGCACUGGGCUGCAUCCUAUGGCAGGGAACGGACAGUCGCUGUACUUGUUGUUUCCAUGGGUGCAAAUGCUGGGGCAUUGACAGAUCCAUGCCCAACGUUUCCCUCUGGUAGAUCAGCAGCAGAUCUUGCUUCUAGCAAUGGGCACAAAGGAAUCUCUGGUUUCCUUGCCGAGUCUUCAUUAACCGGCCACCUUUCAACCCUCACAAUGAAUGAUCAGAAGGAAGAUGUUGGGCAAAGAGCUUCAGAAGUAGAAGUAGUACAGACAGUUUCAAAGCGAGCUGCAACACCAGGGUUUUGCGGUGAUAUGCCAGAUGCUCUCUGCCUUAAGGAUUCCCUUACCGCUGUCCGUAAUGCUACACAGGCAGCUGAUCGUAUAUACCAAGUGUUUAGAAUGCAGUCGUUUCAGCGGAAACAGUUGACUCAGUUUGAAGAUGAUGAGUUUGGAUUGUCAGAUCAGCAAGCCCUGUCCCUUGUAGCUUCUAAGGCACGCAAGGCUGGGUAUGGAGAUGAUUUAGCCCAUACUGCUGCUGUACAAAUACAGAAAAAGUUUCGUGGUUGGAAGAAAAGAAAAGAAUUUCUAAUAAUUCGUCAAAGAAUUGUUAAAAUUCAGGCCCAUGUGAGAGGUCACCAGGUAAGGAAGCAGCAGAAAUCAGUCCUCUGGUCUGUAGGAAUUUUGGAGAAGGUAAUAUUACGAUGGAGACGAAAGGGCAGCGGUUUACGUGGCUUUCGACCGGAUGCUAACAAAAUCGCCAGCCAAGAAAAUGUUGCCGUAAAAGAGGAUGAUUACGAUUUUCUCAAGGAAGGAAGGAAACAAAGUGAAGAACGGUUCCAAAAGGCACUUUCGAGGGUGAAGUCUAUGGUUCAGUAUCCAGAAGCACGAGCUCAGUACCGGCGUCUCCUAAAUGUUGUCGAGGACUUCCGGCGAACCAAGGCAAGCGAUAUGGAUGUGAUCAAUUCAGAAGAGACAGUGGAUGGUGUAGAGGACCUUAUUGAUAUUAACAUGCUCUUAGAUGAUGACAAUUUCAUACCUAUAGCAUUUGAUUGAUUCUUUGUGGUGGCUACUCUGAUCCUCUCCACUGUAAAUAGAUGCCAGAACUGCCAUUAUCUGGCAUUCAGGAAGUCCUAGCAGAUGCUGUAUAUAUAUAUUUAUAUAUACACAUAUAUGAUCAAAUUUAUAUUGUUCACAGGAAGGCUAUGGUUAGAUUGUCAAAUAUAUGUUCAGGUUUUGGAAGUAGUCCAAAUAUUGCAGUCUUCUAUUGAGAUGUAAUAUGACCUCAUGGAUCCUCAUUUCAUAUGGUAGGAUUAUUUCUAUUUAAAA